GCUACUACGAACUGCUAGCUGGAUCAGCUGCUUUUUCUAAGCAACCACAAUGAGGAGACAGGAGAACCAGUCUGCUAGGCCAACAGCAGGCUGCCUCUCUGUGCCACUCUUUAACCAGAAAAAAAGACACAGAGUUCCUCUGACAUCUGCUCCUACUGUGAAUGAAUUCUUUUCCCACAGUGAAUACAUGGCAAGCACCAGCACGGCUACAUCUCACAGCUCACCAGGUACCUAUGGAUGUUACCAGGCCUCAGGUCUGUCCUCUGGUGUUUCACAAAGCCACCAAUGGAACAGACGGGGUGCCCCACAAUCUACUCAGCCCCAGCAGUAUGACAGCACAAUACCUGCUCCUGGACCUGCCCGUGCAAGGAGAGCCUAUGUACCAUUGUCACAUCCAUACAACGUUGAAAGCACAAACUCUAAGACGGGACAGCCCAGUUACCCAGUCAGACAACAGGACUCCAGCUCUAAUGUUACUUCCAGACAGAAACAAUUUCAAGCUCCUUCCAGCUGUGAGAGUGCACAAAGCAAGCCAACACCCCAUACUGGGUUCUCUCAGAUGGGUCAGCAGUUAUCUUACAGACAGCCCAAUGCCAUACAUCAGUAUCCCCAGCAGUCUAGACCUCUGCCUCCUCGUGCCCCACCUCACAGCAAGCCCUCUGCUUGUGCAGUGCAGGCACAAAACAACUCCUGGAAAUUUACCAGCAGCUUUAAGCCACAGAGAUCCCCCUUUGAGGGAAAACGGAGCUCAAAUCAACCUCAGAUUGCAGGAACAACUCAAACACAGCAGGAAACAUUUCCACUGAAACCAGCCAUUGAGGACUCACUGAGGAUCCUGACUGCAGUUAUUGAUGGCAUGAGACACUGGAGCCAUUUUAAAGAUAAAGUCCCAUACUUAUUUGAGAUAUUUGCUACUCUAGACUCUGCGGUUACACUGGGUCGUCAUGGAGCCAAGACCUUCCUCAUGAGAGAUGGGAAGGAGGUUGUGCAGUGUGUCUUCUAUGAAAAUGAGCAGGAACUGCCCCGUCUCAUCCGUGGUCAAGUUCAUCGCUGUGUGGGUAACUAUGAUCGCAGCAGAGAUGUCCUCAUGUGUGUGUCCGUCAGGCCCAGCCUGCCCUCAGAGCUGAGGAAUGCCCACGAGGCUGUCAAAGCAUGCGAUGCAGAAAUGAGGGCACUGGUAAAAUUACUAAGUGAAGUCUGA